AUGAAAGAAACUUCAAUGGAAAACAUGUCUAAAGUUGGGUUGUUAAUAUUACUAGUUUAUAGUUUGUUAUUUGCAAUUUCUGUAAAGAGAAAUAAUGCUCUAGCUAUUGAAUGUUUAUCUUCUGACCAUGAAGCUCUUAUGGACUUCAAAAAUGGGCUUGAGGAUUCUCACAACCUUCUCUCUUCAUGGAGAAACACCAACUGUUGUCAAUGGCAUGGAAUAGAUUGUGAUAACAUCACAGGUGCAGUUGCUGCAAUUGAUCUCCAUAUUGCUUAUGACAUGCCGGACCUGAGUCUGAGUGGUGAGAUAAGACCAUCUUUGAUGCAGCUCAAGUCACUGCGGAGUUUAGACUUGAGCUUCAACGCAUUCAAGGAUAUACCCAUUCCUAGGUUCUUCGGAUCACUGGUGAAUUUGCAAUAUCUGAACCUGUCAAAUGCUGGCUUUGCUGGUUUAAUUCCACCUCAUUUGGGAAACCUUUCUCACUUGCAAUCUCUUGAUCUCACGGCUGAUAGCUUGCGUGUUGAAAAUCUACAAUGGGUGGCUGGCCUCGUCUCUUUGAAACAUCUUGCCUUGGAAGGAGUUGACAUUUCAUUGGUAGCAGGAACAGACUUGGUUAGUGCAUUAAACCAACUUCCUUUUUUAAUGGAAUUGCAUGUCUCUUAUUGCCAGAUUUUUGGUCAUAUUUCAUCUCCUCCAUCUCUCAAUUUUACUUCACUUUCUGUUCUAGAUCUUAGUGAAAAUAUAUUUAUUUCAAAGAUACCAGAUUGGCUUGUUAAUAUUAGCACCUUACAACAUAUUGACAUACACAGUAAUGGUUUGUAUGGAAAAAUACCUCUUGGUUUAAGAGACCUACCAAAACUACAAUAUUUGAAUUUAGGGUAUAACUACAAUCUCACAGCAAUCUGUUCUCAACUCUUCAUGAAUGGAUGGGGAAAAUUACAAGAGCUUGAUUUGUCAAUGAAUAAAUUACAUGGGAGACUUCCUUCAUCCUUGGGAAACUUGACUUCUCUCACUUACCUUAGUCUUUCUUCUAAUUCUAUUCAGGGUGUUAUUCCUAGUUCCAUUGGUCAACUCUGCAACUUGAAUACUCUUGAUUUAUCAAAUAACAACUUGACGGGAACUCUACCAAAAUUUCUUCAAGGAAUAGAUAACUGUCCUUCUAGAAAACUUCUUUCUAAUUUGGAAUUUUUUGUCGUCGGCCACAACCAACUGGAUGGUGAAAUUCCAAAUUGGUUAGCUCAACUUGAAAAGCUUUCCUGGCUAAGUCUUUCGAAUAAUCUACUUGAAGGUCCCAUUCCUGUUUCCUUAGGGUCAUUGCAAAAUCUCUACAACUUGGAACUUGAUGGGAAUAAAUUAAACGGCACUCUCCCAGAUAGUUUAGGACAACUUUCUAAGUUGACACUCUUAGAUGUUUCUUCCAAUAAGUUAACAGGUAUGGUAUCUCAUGACCAUUUUUCAAAGCUAAGUAAGUUGGACCUUUUGUUCAUGUCUUCCAAUUCAUUUACUUUAAAUGUUACUGCCAAUUGGAUACCACCAUUCCAAGUAUCUUAUCUUGGUAUGAGAUCAUGUGUUUUGGGGCCUUCAUUUCCACCUUGGUUGAAAUCACAAAGUAAUGUCAUAUAUUUAGAUUUCUCUAGUGCUAACAUUGUUGGUUUUAUUCCAAAAUGGUUUUGGGAUAUUUCACCCCAGUUGAGAGUUUUAAACAUGUCUCACAAUGAGUUACAAGGCUGGCUUCCAAAUCCAAUGCAUAUGUCACACUUAUAUUCUUAUGUUGCUCUUGAUCUAAGCUUUAAUCUUCUUGAUGGACCAAUCCCUGUUAUAGCUCCUGGAUUCCUGGUUCUAGAUCUUUCACACAAUCGUUUUUAUAGUGCAAUCCCAUUGAACAUAACUCAACACAUCGAUAAUGUGGGAUUUUUAUCUCUUUCUCAUAACCAACUGCACGGAGAAAUACCAAUGUCUUUAGGAGAAAUGUCCCAUGUUAUUGUCAUUGAUCUUUCAGGUAAUAACUUAACAGGUAGGAUCCCUCCAAACCUUGCAAAUUGCUCUUUUCUGAAUGUAGUAGACCUUGGGAAUAAUAAUUUGUUUGGGAGAAUUCCAGAUUCUUUAGGACAGUUAAAACGCCUCAAAUCACUGCACCUUAAUAGCAAUCACUUUUCAGGGGAUUUGCCAUCAUCUUUAAGAAAUUUGUCAAAUUUGGAAACCAUGGAUAUUAGCUACAAUAUACUAUCCGGUACUCUUCCAACUUGGUUUGGACAAAAUUUUCCAUUACUUAGAAUUCUAAUGUUGAGGUCUAAUGCAUUUUGUGGAGAAUUGUCACUUGAAUUUGCAAAACUAAGUUCCUUGCAAGUCCUUGACCUUGCUAGAAAUGACUUUAGUGGCAACAUUCCAGAUAGCUUUGGUGAUCUGAAAGCAAUAGCUCAAGUACAGAAGAAAAAUAGAUACUUAUUGUAUGGAAAGUAUGAAGAUCACUACUAUGAAGAAAGCUUGAAUGUGUAUACCAAAGGCCAAAUACUAAGAUAUACCAAGACUCUUUCUCUUGUUACCAGCGUAGACCUUUCUGAUAAUAACUUCAGUGGAAAUAUUCCUAAUGAAAUAACAAAACUAUUUGGUUUGGAGGUGCUCAACUUAUCAAGAAACCAUAUAACUGGCAAAAUUCCUGACACCAUGUCAAAUCUACUUCAACUAUCAUCUCUUGAUCUCUCAAACAACCAACUUUCUGGAAAAAUUCCUUAA